UCGCGGGUGGAGGGCAGCUGUCGCAGGCGCUUGGGAGCCGGGGACCGGACUCGCUGGGCCUCUCCCUCCCCAUGCGGGGCUGGACCGGUCACGUCCCGCCGAGACACCGGCUGAGGGCGGAGGUGCCGAGCGUCUGGGCGCGUCCCUCAGCCCCCUCUCCCCCUCCCACCCUCAUUUCCCCCAGCACGCAGCCCACCCCGCGGGACAACUUCGAGGACAGCAUGAGCUCCACGCUCCCCACGGCCUGGCCCCAUGAACCUAUGGAGUUUGAAGAUGUCUCACUGACAUUUACCGAGGAAGAGUGGGCACAGUUGGACCUCCAGCAGAAGGGCCUAUACAGGGAAGUCAUGCUGGAGAACUACAGUAACAUGAUUUCAAUAGAACGCCACUUUUCCAAGCCAAAUGUGAUCUCUCAGUUAGAAGAAGUAGAGGACUUCUGGCCAGUGGGGAGAGAGAUUCCUCAGGAUACCUUUCCAGGCCAGAAGAGAGCACCAGAUCUCAUUAUAGAUAGUUGUCAGCUACCGUUGGGUUGCUGGGAAUUGAACUCAGGACCUCUGGAAGACCAGCCAGUGAUCUUAGCCUCUGAGCCAUCUCUCCAUUCCCAGCUAGGGUCUUCUGGGCCUUCUCUGGACCCAGGAAUAAAGUCCUUUCCUGAUGAGAAUCCCUUGAUGAAGAUCAAGGUUGUUGAGGUCCUUACACUGAACAAGGAUGUAGCUGGUCCCCGGAAUGCCCUUAUUCAGUCCCUCUAUACUGAAAGUGGAGAAGACCUGAGUCCAGGUAACCUCAAGCCAGUUCAACAACCAAGCAAGCAUUUGACUGACAGUGAAGUCGCUCACCAGAAGUUCCGCCAUUUCCACUAUGAAGAGUCAGAUGAUCCCCAGGAAGCUGUGUCUCAGCUUCGUGAGCUGUGUCAACAGUGGCUACAGCCCAACAUACAUUCAAAGAAAAGGAUCCUGGAGUUGCUGGUGUUGGAGCAGUUCCUAUGUGCACUGCCUGAGAAGUUGCGGGCGUGGGUAGAAUCACAGCACCCAGAGGAUUGCCAGGCAGCUGUGGCCCUGGUGGAGAAUGUAACCUCGGUGUCUAAGGAAGCUGCUCUGCCUGCCUGUCAUAAGGAGGUCACUGAUGGACUGAAAGAGAAAAGCAAGGACAUGGCCACCUUACCAGUUACUGUACCACCUGAGGAGCCAGUGACCUUCCAGGAUGUGGCUGUGGACUUCAGUCAGGAUGAAUGGCGGCUACUAAACCCGAUGCAGAAGACUGCGUAUCAUGAUGUGAUGCUGGAGACCUUGGGCAACUUGGUCUCUUUGGGGUGGGAACAAACAUCGGGAAAACAAGAGUUAACUCCAGAAUCUCCCAGUUUUGUGGUAAAACCAGUUCACGACCCAAAACCAAAAGAUUUCCCAAGUUUUGAUACAAGUAUGUCACAAGAUGAGGUCCAAGGAAUCCAUACCACAAAAUCAAGUCAGGGGAAGACUGUACAGAAAACAGGCCUCCCUCAGGAGCUCUGUGAAAGCUCCACAUCUCAGGGGCAAAGUAAGCUGCACACAAGCCCGGGCUCACUCGAUGCACUUCUUCCUAGAAAGCACCUGAAUGUAAAAAUUAACCAGAGGGGCUUUGGAAAGAGGAAAGCCAAGGGAAAAAACAUUCCUGUUACACGAGGUUCACCCAGAAGAAGUAAGCAGAAGGGCUAUGAGGGGCGGCAAGUCAGAGAUGGCAGCAAUUCCAGGAUGCAUGAUUCUUCUAUGCAAAACCACUGGCAGGGCUCUGAGCAGAGUCAAGCUGGGGACAGCAAAGAUCCCAUUACACUUCUAGCACCUGCAAAGCUUUACCAAAAAGCCACUGGCUCUGACGGGGGUAGCGUCGGGGACAAUAGCCAUGCCACGGCACCUGAUGUAAAUAUAAAAAUUCACAAGAUAGUCACCAGGCAGGAUAAAAUUGGGGAAAGCAAUUCCAUGGCACAAGGUUCAUCCAUAGAAAAUCAUCAGAUGGGGUCUGAGGCUGAAAGAGCCAAGGACAGAAACAGUUCCUUGGCACAGGCUUCACCUGUAAGAAUUAUCCAGAAAGGCUGUGAAAGGGGGAAAGUCCGGGGAAUGAGGAAUUCCUUCAAACAUGUAAGAACUAGCCAGAAGGGUUCUAACAGUGGAAGAGUUGGGGAAAUUAGUACUUCCUUAAAACACACUCCCCAUAUAAAAAUUCGCCUGAAGCCCUCUGAAAGAGGGAAAGGCAGGGAAAUCAACACUUCCAUUAAAUACAGUCCGCAUGUGAAAGCUUACCAGAGGGCUUCUGAAGGGGGCACUGCAAGGAAAGCCAACAAUUGCAAUAAAGCUGCCAGCCAGCAAGCUCAGCAGAUAUUUUUUAUAAAAAUCCACAAGGGGAGCCAAGUUUGCCGCUGCAGUGAAUGUGGUAAACUAUUACAGAAUGCUAAGUAUUUCUCUGUCCAUAAGAAGAUCCACACGGGAGAAAAGCCUUACACAUGCAUGGCCUGUGGGAAAGCAUUUGUUCAGAGCUCCUCCCUCACUCAGCAUUACAGACUCCAUAGUGGAGAGAGGCCAUUUGAGUGUUCAGAGUGUGGAAGGGCCUUCAAUGACCGUUCAGCCAUCUCUCAGCACCUGAGAACUCAUACUGGGGAUAAGCCUUACCAUUGUCAGCACUGUGGAAAAGCCUUCCGCCAGAGCUCACACCUCACCAGGCAUCAGAGAACUCACACUGGGGAGCGCCCAUAUGUGUGCACCAAGUGUGGGAAGGCUUUCACACAGAGUUCACACCUUGUUGGGCAUCAGAAAACACAUGGGAUAAAGUUCAAGAAACAGGUCAAAUCUCAGUCCUAGUGCCUUUCAAACCACUGCCUUUUCAGCCUUGAGAUGCACUCCGCAGACAUUGAGUAAGGAAGAGUCCCACACCUGAAGGGCAGCUCAGGACACCACCCAGCAAGCAUGAGUGAAACUAUCAGGGAGUUCUUAAUUGCUUCAUUUCGUCAUUAAAAUACAAAACUCUGAAAGUUUAAAAAGCUAGUUACCAAAAAACUGCACUGAUAAUUAUAUGCAGGCCCAUGUGUGAGUGACAAAGCCCAAAAGAAUGCGUAGAUAAAUAAACUAAUUGUUA